CAUACCCUGCCCCACACGAUGUGGCUGCAGUGAUAAAGAUAGCAUUCCUCGUCAAACCAUCAAGGGUCCAUCCGAUUUGGACGACAAGUCACUCCGUCUCUCUCUCUCUCACACACACACACACGUGAAGAACACACAAACUAUACACAACAAACAUCCAAAGAUGGCUGCCGCGACCAACGGCACCGCCCUACCAACGGUGCCAGCUGCUGGCCCGAAGCUGCCCUCGGCCAUCCACCCGGACUUUAUCGACCGGUUGGACGAGGACUUCAUCGCCUACUACAACGAGCACCUAGGCAUCAAGCCCGUCACGCACAACGUGACGAUUGAGGACAUCCGAACGUACCCCGGGAGGUAUGCGUCGCCCUGGUACAAGGACUUUCGGUUCGAGCCGUUCGUCAAGGACAUCAAGAUCAAGUCGGAUGACGGGCACGAGUUUGGCGCCCGCGUGUAUACCCCCGAUGCGAGGACCUCGCCGUUUGGCGCGGGACCCUACCCCGUAUACAUCAACUUCCACGGGGGCGGAUAUACCUUUGGAAGCUUGCAGGGCGAUGCAGAGCUCUGCAUGAUGAUCCGUGAUCGUGUGGGAAUUCUCGUGCUUGACGUCGACUAUCGCCUGUGUCCCGAAAACACGUUUCUCAGAGGGCACGACGACUGCUGGGCCGCCAUUCGAUGGGUUGCCAGUCACGGUCAAGAGAUCAACGGCCGGCCCGAUUCCAUCUCCAUAGGAGGCAUCUCCGCUGGCGGCCACAUCAGCGCUGUGGCACAGCAGCUUGCCCGGGACACCGGCCUUGAGAUCAAACUAGCUGUUCUCGCUGUCCCCGCCACCGACUCCCACCUCGGCCUGCAAAAGGCUUCCGACUCGCCGUACCCAUCCUUUACGGAAAACGAGUUCGCCCCGUGCCUGAACUGGGCACGCAUGAAGUACUUCAUGGACCACUGCCAGCCCAAGACGGACGCCCAGCGCGCCGAGCUCGCCGCGCGUCCGGAGUGGCACAGCAGCCCCAUCAAGGGCGACCUGCGCGGCGUGUGCGACACCAUGGUCCUGACGGCCGAGCGCGAUCCGCUGCGUGACGAGGGCGAGGCCUACGCGCGCAAGCUGGUGGAGGCGGGCGUGCGGGUGACGGUCAGGCGGUACACGGGCGUACCGCACCCGUUUAUGCACAUGGCGACGAUUAACAAGGCCAAGAUGUACAUCAACGACGUCUGUGCGGAGUUGCGGCGUGUUCACGGGGCGUAG